UGUCUCGCUGUCUGUGUUUUGGUGUUCCGCGGUUUUCUUUCUGUCGUUGUCGAUGUGAUCAGAUCUGUCUGUGUUCCGCAGUUUUGAUAAGUUAAGAAACAUCUUCAUAUUUACAUCGAAGGAAAUGUCCGUAGCGAAUAACACAACUGGUCGUACAAACAGCAGAAAAUUUAAGUGGGCUUUGGAUCUAAAUUCAAGAUGUAAACAAGAAAAGGCGGCAGACCUGGCUUCACCCCCAGGGUACAACUUUUCUGUGGGCCAGGUUUAUACCGAAACUUCCAAAGAGAAUGAUGCAAACCAUUUAAUCAUCAAGAAAUCUUGGGACUUAGCUCUUGGACCUUUAAAGCAAGUGCCAAUGAACCUGUUCAUCAUGUACAUGGCAGGAAACUCAAUAUCCAUUUUCCCUAUAAUGAUGGUGGGGAUGUUGAUCAUUAGACCAAUUAAAGCCCUCUUCACUAUGCAAACAACUUUCAAGAUGAUUGAAGGGAGUCAUGCUGCCGGACAGAAGAUUGUGUAUUUCCUCGGCAAUAUUGUCAACAUCGCACUGGCCUUGUACAAGUGUCAGUUCAUGGGUCUGUUACCAACUCACACUUCUGAUUGGCUCGCCUUUGUUGAGCCUCAGAUAAGAAUGGAGUACAGUGGUGGAGGCGCAGUCUUCACAUAACCUU